AGAAAAAUUCCCGGGAAAAUCACUUGCUACCAAUCAGGAGGUGAGGAAAGGAAAAGCAGCAGCAUCAAAUGAUUUGGUGAGGUCGAACCAUCCGUGAGGUGAGGUGCACCGACCCUUUUCCCUCACCUUCUCUCCUGCUCCACCUCACUUCACCUAUAGAUCUCUCCUCCAUUACACCUCACCGCCAAGCUCACGGAGUCCAAGCGACACCGCGCCAAGAACCACACGCGCGCCACCCCCUAGCUCGUGCUCGACCCCUGCGGCGCGCGCGCGGAGCGGCAAUGUCUUCCAACGGCAAGCCCACCCCGCAGCCCCCCGCCGCCGGCAACGGCGCCGGCGGCCCGCCCAAGAUGUACCAGCGGCCCAUCUACCGCCCGCAGCAGGCGCCCGCCAAGCGCCGCCGCGGCCGCUCGUGCCCGUUCAGCUGCUGCUGCUGCUUCUUCUGGGCGGUCCUCGUCAUUCUCCUCCUCGCCUUCCUCGCCGCCGUCGCCGGCGGCGCCUUCUACAUCCUCUACCACCCGCACCGCCCGGUCUUCACUCUCUCCGCCGCGCGCGUCGCCAAGCUCAGCCUCUCCUCCUCCGCCACCGUGCCCGCGCUCACCUCUGCCAUCGACGUCACUCUCAUCGCCAAGAACCCCAACAAGAAGCUCGUCUACCUCUACGACGACUUCACCGUCACGGCCGCCACCGCUGCCAACGCCGUCCCGCUCGGGGAGGCCUCCGUCCCCGGGUUCACGCAUGAGGCCGCUAACAUCACCGUCGUCAAGGCCACCGUCUCCGCCUCCGCCCUCGGGGUCGACCCCACCGCCGCCAGCUCCGACAUCAAAAGGUCCGGCGACUUCCCCAUCACCCUAGACCUGGAGACCAACGCAGGCGUCAAGGUCGGCGGCCUCAAGACCAAGAAGAUUGGCAUCCAGGUGCACUGCGAGGGCGUCAAGGUGGCCGCGCCCGCGCCGCCGCCCGCACCCGCGAAGAAGAAGAAGCUAGCGAAGGCCGCGCCAUCGCCGGUGGCCGUCGACGACGUGCCGCCCGCGGCGGUGACCACCGUCGCGCGCGUGUGCCAGGUCAGGAUCCGAGUCAAGAUCUGGAAGUGGACCUUCUAGUCACAUCGCCAACCUCCUAGGAGCCGCAUUGCAAAAUUUUCGGGUAAAAAAGGUUGCUUUCCUUAUCGCAUUGAUUGAACUCCAGUAGGAAACCAAAACAGAAUCAACCGUCGGUCGCUGUAAAUUUGUUUUCUGUUUGAAUUUUACGAAAUUUCGCCGGGGGGGGGGGGGGGGGGAGCGAAGCCAAGAAGUGAUGUGGUAUCAAGGGAAAUUUUACGAAAUCAUCAUGCAGUGUGAGGCUUGAAAGAUUUCUUCAUUUUACCCAUUUCUUUUUUGUAGUAUUAUUUUUUAUUAUUAUUUUCUUGUUGUUAGUGCAAGUACGAUUUGGGGAUUUUUUACAUUUAACUAUGUAAUCCAAAUUAUCUGGAUGUAUAAUUGGUAGUGACAUGCAAUGCAGUGGUACUGUUCUGUCA